GAGUCCAUUUCGCUGUCAAUUAGAGUUUGACGUUUAAUGUCGGUGGUGAAAAAUUUCUAAAACAAAAAAAAAAGAGUUUCUUAUUGCAAAAUUUUUCGAUUCAUUUACAUUUUGAGUUUACAACAUCUAAUUGCGAACCGCUUGUUAAAACACCACUAUAAAUUUAAUUUGAUGGUUUAAAGAUAAUUUAUCGUUUUGAGAAAUUAUCGAAAUCAAACCUGUUAUCAUGUGAAAACCAAAAAACCAUUUGUGUACUAUACGUAAAAUUCAAAAUACAGAACUGUACGAACGACUUGUAAUAAAGAAAUCUUGAAGAAACCACGAAUUUCCAUCGAUCUAGGCCUAUAAAUAAGUGGCAAAAUACUUUUGUAAUAAUCUUUCACCAUCAUCAGCUUAAUUUAUUGCAGACGACGUGUCCACGCCCACUGAAAAACCAUAAUUAAAACAUGAAUAAAAGUUGAUUUCAAUGCAAUAUGUACAUAUUUGUUAUUAUAUUAACUCUAACUUUGUUAGACUAAAUAUGUGCAGUAUAGUACCAAAAAUUGAUUAUGCGAUAUUUAAAUUAAAAUAAUAUGAAUUCCAUUUGAAAUUUUCACGGUGGAGGCAAAUUGGUUGUGACUCAACAAUUCAAACGGUAUCAGCAGAGCUUAUUCUACUAAAAUUCGGGCCGCGUCUUCAGCAACUUUAAUAAUUACUGUUUUUCAGAUGGUGACGAAACGUGUGUCACUAGACUGACUGGUUAUGGUAUACUUAUUAGUAGAAACUUACGUUUGAUUACUUUUAUGUUACAUUCAUGUCAUUCCAGUACUACAUAUUAAAAGUCGAAAUCGAUAUUUUUUGUAUUGUGAAACGUUGGUCAGUACUUAAAAUUAAAUUGAUUUAAGCAUUGAGCGUUAUGCUAGACAAAAGUCAAAAGAGCUCCCAAAGCUUUAUUUGUUAUUAAUUUAAAUAAAACAACAAUUAAAAAUAAGUGAAACUCUUUUUACUCUGAAUAAAUCGGAAACAAGUAAAUAUACAAAUGAGUGCAACUAUGAGACAACAAGAUGGGCAGGUGGGCACGCGACCAAAGAUGAAUGCUUCUAGUGACUUAUUGACCAAGGAUGAGAAUGAAGUUGUCUUCAGUUUGCUGGGCAAAAAAUGUCAGACGUUAAACACAGCCGUGGUGCAAAUCUACAAAACGGAGGGUUCCGCACAUUCGCAUUGGAAGAAAAAGCAUACUGGUGUCGUGUGUUUUGUAAAAGAUAGCGCGAAAAGAUCGUAUUUCUUACGAGCUUACUGUUUAAUAAAAAACGAACAGAUAUGGGAACAUGAGUUGUACGACGCCAUGAAAAUGAUAAAGGCGCGACCAUUUCUUCUCACCUUCGAAGGCCAAGAUGGGCACGUAGGUUUGAAUUUUGUUUCUGAGGAGGAGUGCGAUUCCUUUUAUAGAGCUGUGGACACAACAAUUGAGACGAGAAAUCGAAAGAAAUUAGAAAAACGGAACCGUGCUAAAGCACAAGCAGCCCCAAACAUUCCCCCGCCGGUUAAUAGGGACUCUACGAGACCAACGCUUGCGAUCAGUCAAACGACAACGGACUCUAGCGUGCAAUUGAGAAACCAUCCACAAAAAAUUAAUUCGGUUACACUAACUCCUGGACCUAACCCGGUGGCAGCAUCAAAGAAUUUUCUCAGCAGUAGUUUUGGUCUCUCAGGCUCAUCAUCCGGCAAGGACAAGAAGAGAAAAGUUACAAAGGCUGAUAUAAGUACACCGACAAAUUUUGUGCACAUAAGUCAUCUCGGUUGGGACGCAGAUAAGGGUUUCGAUAUAACGGGCAAUGAGAAUGAUGAAGUACUCACAAGUUUCUUUGCCAAAGCUGGUGUAUCUGAAAAUGAGCUGAAAGAUCGUGAUACGCGUGCAUUCAUCUACGACUUUAUUCAGAGUAAUAAUGUGUUAGCAUCAGUAAAAUCGGAGCGCGUUGAAUCGCCAAAAUCUACUGCUCCCGCUGUGCCUCCACCUGUGCCAAGCCGUCACCAGCAUCACCAAAAUGGUUCAACUGUAAGCCAAAGAACUGCACCACCACCACCGCCUCCGGCAAGACAACCGCCUCCUCCGGUGCCCACAACAGUGCCAGGUGCGACACGUGCACCAGCACCACCCACUAGACCGCCACCCAUAAACGUUGCUCCACCCCCACCAGCACCACCUCAAACCAUAGUGGCUGCACCAGCCACAGCACCACCUCCUCCACCGCCGCCGCCUCCACCACCACCACCGGCAAUAACAGAAUCACCAUUAGCAAAUACGACUGAUGCACCGGCGGUAGAAACAAAGCGACCAACAGCAACAUUGCCAGUUGUACCAGACGUUCGGAGUGCGCUCCUGGAGAGCAUACGUAAGGGCAAGACAUUAAAGAAAGUAGAUACGGCUGCACUAAGCACUGGCAGUGGGGAUUCUCAUAGUGAUCUUAUGUCCGAAAUUCGCGGCGGAUUUGAAUUGAAGCCGUCACAUGAUCGCACGCCAGCUAAUCGCAAUAGCGAUGACGCCACUGGUCCCGCCGGUAGUGAUGCUCUGGCAGUCGCUUUAAGACGAGCAUUGCUCGAACGAGAACGCGUCAUGCAGCCGUCAGAUGAUGAAAACGACGAUUCGUCUGGUAAUGACGAUGAAUGGGAGGAUUAAAUGCUAAAUUGUAUAAGUAAUUUGCAAUAGAGUUGUGAUGUAAGCAUCUGUACGUUAACAAUGAAAGAAAUGUAUAAACGAUGAAAACGAAUGCAUUAUAAAGUUCAAUAUUUCAUUGAUAUUUCGUUAACUAAUUAAAUUAUAUCUAAUGUAUCUAUGUAUACAUCUGUUACAGCGAUCUACCAUAUACAUAUGUACAUAUGUAUAAUUACAUAUUUAUACCCUGAAAUUAUAAUUUGUCGUUUGUAACAUCCCGAAAGAAACGUCAUAAAACCUGUAAAGUAUUUGUAUGGUAUAUGUAAACGAUCAGAAUGAUUAACUCUGUAUGUACGCAGUAUUUGAGAUAUCGCUCUGAAAUUCUGCACACGUUUCUCCUAAGAAGAUGCUCAUUUUUCGGAAUCGCCUCAUAGUGAUCUUAUAAAAUAUAGCUGCCAUACAAACUGCACUACAGCAUAUACAUAACUUUCAUAAAAACUGAUUGAUCAAAAUCCAGUCUUUGUAUGCAAAACUUUUGUAUUUGAUAUUCUUGAAAUUUGGUAUGGAUUAUUGUCCUAGACAACGGUACAAUUUCCUAAGAAAUUGUUUAGAUCGGUUCGGUAUAGCAACAGCUGCCACACAAAGCCCAAUAAAAAUCAUACUUUAAAUUUUAUUAUAUCCUUGUAAAAAAUGCUCCUGUGAAAGGUAUUAUGACUUCGGUGCUACCGAAGUUAAUUUUUUUUCUUGUUUUCGUUUAAUUACUGGUUUCUGGAAAUUGGUAAUGCCAUCAGAAAUAAUAUAUUGAAUAAAAGAAAAAUUAUAACUAAGGUGAGCGUAAAUAAAGUUUAGUUUUAGUUUCAAAUUAUAAUUUCCUGUCAUUUUAAAACACAUGACACAGCAUUGGGUUUAUAAGCAAUAAUGGGUUGUCAUUGCAAUAACGUGCCGGCCUUUUGCAGCAUAUUUCUUAAAAAAAAACACUAGCUUACAUACAUAGUACAGAUGUAACUUGCAUAUCCUUGCUCAAUUAAAAGUUUAAUUCUUUACCACUAAGUAGCUAACGUUAGUAUAAAGAUAUAAAAAUAUUUCUAUUUAUAAACAAAUCCAAAACAAGUGAUAGACUUAGGGAAUGUUUCUUGGAGUGAAACAAAGUUUAACUUGUAUAGCAUAACAAAAAGUCGACUUGAAAACUAUAAACUAUUGUACAAAAUUAAAAUAUAUAAAUAGAAAAUGUGAAACUAAAUCUGAAACAUAGUAAACCCAAUGAAGUGGUGAAGGGAAGUUUACGCGUAUGUAAUCGUAUGUUAGUUAGCAAGAUGCAUUUUUAGUACUUUUACAAUUGGGAAAAUAUACAAGAAGACCAAAAGAGAAAAGUUUUUAGGGUCUAAAAUCGUACGAUCAGUACAUGGACACUUCUUAGCAUAAUGCAGAAUGAACACAUAGAUAUGUACGUAGUACAAUUAGUUCUGAUUUAUAAGAAACGUUGAAAAGAGCAAAACCGAAAAACUUUAAAAACAUUAUUAAAGCCAGUUAAUAAAUAUUUUAAGAUUCUUCUUUUCAAUUUUCCAUUAAUUACGUGCGUCUGUAUUUUUCGAUUUUGUUAUUCCUCUAGACGUUUAACAUAUCCGAAAGCACAGCUUUGAGUGACUGAUUAAUCAAACAAAUAACUUAAAAAUACUAUUUAAUUUGACUUAGGCGUUCAUCGAGGGUAUUUGAAACUUUGAAGCAAAAAAGCAAAUCCUUGAAAUCUAAAAGAGUUUUAUUUCAAAUAUAAUUUUAAAUACCAUAUAUGUAUAUAGAUCAUUGGUGUGCCAAAAAGUUAUUCAUAGAUUUUUAAAAAUUAUAAAAAAUGUACAAAUAAAGUAAAUUUUGAAGCUAAGUCAAAACGACUGGAGGCAAAUGAUCUUUAUGUGGAGAUCAGCUUCAAUUCCACAAGAACAAUAAUUACUUCACUUGCAACUAUAUAUGUAUAUAUGACACCUGUGCAUAUACAUAUGAAACAUGUGAAGUUUUUCGAAAUUCAAAUACAUUAUCUUUUGCGUUUAUAGGUACAUAUGUAUGCAUUUGGUUAAUAUUUGAAAUUCUUACUUACAUCAAUAAUUAUAUGGAAUUAUUUUUUGCCAAUAUCAGUAAAGCAAUUGUGAUCGUGAACUUCAUUGAAACAGACCAGAAUAAAACUGAGCUAAUAUUAAAUAAGUAUACAGCUAUAAAGAUGCACCCUGUAUACAACGUAGAGCAAUUAAACUCGAACAAAAGCAAAAUUUAUCCACACAGAUUCAAAGUAAAAACUAAAAAAAAAUUAAUUAAAAUUAGUAAAGAAGCAAUACUACUAAAUGUAUAUAUACAUAUAUACAAGCAUGCACACUCAAACUUAUAUGUACAUAAAAAUUUAUUUGCUUUUGAACUCUAGAUGUAUAAUUAUUAAGUGAAAAAUAUAAGUUGCAGUUAAAAAAAUAUCACUUUUUUGGAAGUUUUCGCUAGAGUCGGUUAAUUUAGUACCAAUAUUAACCAUUAUCUCAUAUAAGUUAAUAUAAGUUACUUGGUAACAAGAACGCAUUUAAUGCAAACAAUUAGUCAUUUCUUUAGAGUGUAAAGAAUUAGUUGCAUGUAUGCAUAAUAUUUGAUAAAUGUCAACUUAUGUCAUUAAUUCAUAUGGCAGACUAUUAUUACAUAUUGAUUUAAAAAUAAACACCAAAAUAUUGUUUUGGUGAAAUAUAUUUUCAAAUGAAACUUCUAAGAUUAUUAACAUAUUUAUUACAAUUAUAUGUAUGGCUAACCAAGUUAAAAUAUAAUAAAUAAAAAGAUAUUAAACUUACCAAAGAUA